AUGCUCGCUGCUGAGAGGAUGCCAAACAUAGAGAAACUUGUUUUACCACGCUGGUGCUUUCAAACCAAGAAUUCAUUCCAGUUUGCGUUUAGUCAAUGGAAGAAUCUUAAAACGCUGAUCAUCGCUCAUGACAAUCUCACCGGAAAAUUUGAGUUUCAAGAUAUUGGCAAGAACUGUAGUAACCUCACCAACUUGAAAUAUUUUGGUGAUUUGAGAAAAAACACUGCUACACAAAUCGUGCGUAACCUCAAGAGCAUCAAGAGGUUGAGUCUGUGA